AUGGCUGACGGAAGCAAAGCCGAAGAUGGCACUAGUGCCAGCAGUACGGAUGGGUCCUCGCCGUCCGCACGCAGAACGCUGUCGGUGGCUCGGCUCAAGGAAAAGGGUAAGAAGCUUGCAUCGGCCCACAUCCACCGGGAGCUGGCCGUGAAUGGUACGUCGGACAGUUUGGAUCGGCUGCUGGAUGAUCUACUGUCGCCGGACACACCGAUAUCGAACAGCGAGAAUAUUGAGUGGUGUCGAUGGCUGGUCGCUGGUGGCAGAACGCCGACCGAGUUCGCUUCCAUCGUCCGCGCGUACGACAACCAUGCCAAAUGUGGUCUAGUGUGGAUACCGCACGUGGUCGCCUACCGUUGCCGGACGUGUGGCAUCUCACCGUGCAUGUCGAUCUGUCGCGAUUGCUUCAAGCGGGGCAACCAUCGGAACCACGACUUCAACAUGUUUCUGUCGCAAGCGGGCGGUGCCUGCGACUGUGGCGAUACGUCCGUAAUGAAGGCGGAAGGGUUCUGCAGCGAUCAUGGGCUAAACAACUGCCAGAACAAAGCACCGGUGCCGGACGAUUUGAUGCUGGUGGCGGAAGCGAUGAUGCCACGGCUAAUACUGCGCAUGCUGCUACACUUUCGCGAGUACAGUGCGACCAAUCUCGAUUCGGCCGACUGUAGGCGUACGGCAGAAUACUGCAACGAGUACUGCGCAAUGCUAAUGGAGUUUAACAAUAUGGGCGAACUGAUGCGGCGUGUUAUGACGCGUACGCUGAUUGAUCGGAGCGUGUACCAGAGGCCGCACGAUCAGCCGUAUCCGUCCACCCGGUACACGAUGUACCUACGCGACGGGUGGCUACGGUACGAGGAAGCGUUACGCCAGUUUCCAGCGCCCGAACCACCGCCGUACUAUGCACAUCUGGCAGCGCUCGGCAGUACGAUCGUGCACGAAACGCUGCUGGAGGAGUUUAUCUUCUGGACGUUCAAGUACGAGUUUCAGCAGCAGAUUGUGUGCUUCCUGCUGAACAUGCUGCCGGAUCAGGACUACAAGGAACAUUUGACGCGCACGUUCGUGAUGCACUACUGCCGCAUACCGAGCGUGCUGGAGAUGUCGAGCGAUCCGGACACGCUCAGCAAUCGGGUGGUGCAUAUGAGCGUGCAGCUCUUCUCCAACGAAAGCCUCGCGCUCAAGAUGGUGGAAGAGCUGUCGCUGUUGCACGUGAUGAUCAUCAGCCUGCAGCAGAUGAUGUCCAAAAUAUUGACACCGCACACGCUGCACACGCCGGAACACAACUUCCAUUACGUGGUGGACUGUGCCGAGCGCGUUAUGAAGGAACACUGCUACUGGCCACUCGUGUCCGACUUUAAUAACGUGCUGUCACACGAAUCGGUUGCGCUCGUUUUUCUCAAGGAUGACGAUCUCAUCGACAUGUGGUUCCAGUUCCUAUCGAUGCUGCAAGGAAUGAAUGUUAACAUUCGCGAAAUCAUCAGCCAUGUAGAGUACGAGUCGAGUUCCUACUAUGCCGCGUUCAGCUGUGAGCUGGAGGCGAGUGCCUAUCCGAUGUGGUCGAUCAUCUCACACCUGCAAGAGCCGUCCCAUGCGCCGCUAGCGAAAAAGAUUAUGAUGUACUGCGUGAACUAUUUGCAGGAUUGGCUCGACGCGAUUAACUUCUAUCGGCAGCCUAGGUUUGAAAAGGGCGAAAUGUACCGCGCAUCGUUUCACUUUCCCCUACAUCGCUAUCUAGCGGCAUUCAUCUGCCAGGCGGUAAAAACAAUGGGGAUGUCACUGAAUGACAUCCUGCCGUCGGCGGACCUGUUACCGAAGCUAAUGAUGCAUCCACUACGUGUACAGAGCCUUUUCUACGAGAUCCUGUCGGGCGUGUGGGUACGCAACGGGCUGCAGAUCAAAGGGCAGGCGAUGACGUACAUCCAGGCCAACUUCUGCAACUCGAUGGUGGACAUGGACCUGUUCUUCCUGCAGAUCUGUGCAACGCAACUACCACCGAAUCUCUUCGUCAGCGAGUGCAUUAUGAUGUUCGGCGUUGAAGAUUGGCUGGGCAUGAGCGUAUUGAGCACACCGCCCGAGAUGGAGCAAGACUCGAUGCUAGAGGGCUUGCUAACGUUUCUGGCUACCCUUAUUACGUCACGCAUCAAUCUCGGCAACGACGAAACGACGCAGUGUGUGAUCGAGAUCAGUGCACUGCUUGCAACCGGUGACAAAACGCACAGCCAGCUGCUGGAGUUGAUGCCGGAGCGGAGCGGUAAUGCGCAUACGCGCAACUUCGAGCGAUACCUGAAGGAGCUGUCGAUCUAUCGGCCACCACCGGUCGGUUCGGAGAAUCUGGAGCAGGGAUUGUUUAUGCCGGUACCGGCAGUGUGGGAGCGACACUACGAUCCACUGCAUGUGCUGCUCCGAGCGGUACAUCGACGCGACUUCCAAAACUCGCUCGACCGGUUCGGUGCGUACGUGAAGCAGGUGGGAAAGAUGCCACGCAGCGGCAAUCUGUGGCCACCGUUUCGUUUGCCUGGGUCGUGCGGUCCGGCGUACAGUGAUCCGGGUGCGAUUCUCGGUUCGCGCAUCCUGCACGCUACCAUCCUCGCCAUCUUUUACCGGGCAGUGCACAAACAUAACGUGUCGGAGCAUAUGCUGGCGCUGGCUGUGUUUCUGCUCGAGAUGGCCGUUUGUAAUGCGGGUGCGGUGGGUGGCGAAGCUGCGACGAGUCGCUCCACGGUGGGUGAUAGUGCGGCGACUAGCAAGAGCCUCGAGGAGCAGUCUGGUUCGAUUGGUGGUGGUGGUGGUGGUGGGGUCAGUGAAACGGUGCCAGAUCUGUUGAACUGCUAUCCGAGCAAUUGCUUGAGCGAUAAUCUGAAGAUGACGGUUAAACGUAUCUCACUGUUGCCGGCAAUGCGUCGGUCACCCGUUUCCUACCGUCCGCUGGAUGGUUCGCCGCCAUUUGACAGUGACGUCGAGUGGGAUCUAUCCGAGGACGAAACGCUUAUGAUGAUCGGUAGCAAUGCCGAGGGUGAAACGGGUACGGUAGCAACGACAACAACGGGUGCUGGGAGUGGAGAACGAGUUGGAGGGACAGCUGCUGGUGGUGCAUCGGGGCCCGGGUCUGAGCUGGUACCUUCGCGAGGCAUCGGUAAUGUUGAGGUGGUACCGAUGACACAGGACCUUUCGCAUCUGGCGAACAACAGCAUGAUGUUUCCAGUCCGACGUCCGGCCAUUCACGCACCACCGUCCAGUACUGCAACGACAGCAGUGACCGCCACCUCAACCACCACGCAGAUGGUGGUGGAAGAGGAGGAAGACGACUUAGACGAUGAUGAGCUGGAGCGGGAGCGGGGAACGACAACGGGAGCGAGUGUUGGUGGGUCUGAGAUAGCUUUAAGGCGACGGCCGUGGCAUCUGCUGCAGCGGCUACUCGGCCGGCAGCAAGCUGGUGGUCCGGCGACAGACCAGCAAGACGAAGACAUGCCGGCGUACCACGUAAUGGAUGCGGAUGGGGACGUAGUGGUAGAGGAGGCGGAAGAGCAUCAGCCGAGUGAACUGUUGGCGAUACGUGCUCGCUACCUAAUGCUCGAGCGGCGUCGCAGUAGCGUUGGUAACGCGAACGUAGUCCAGCCGGCCGACGUUGAUGACUACAUCGACGACGAGGAGGACGAAGACGAUGACGAUGAGGAGGAGGAUGAGGACGGUAAUAACGAAAUUGUAAUCAGCAGGCCGGAAGGGGUGGAGAACGGUGGGAACGACACCCGGCAGCGACGGCGCGCAGUGAAUGAAGAAGAUGAAGCUGCAGACAUUGCCGAUAUUCAAUCGAUUGUGCCACGUGCUUUGCUGGUAGGAGGACGCUCCCGUUCACUACAGCUUGGACGUCGCCCGCGACAAGAUGGAAGUCCGCUGCAUCACCAUCACCACCAUCACCAUCAUCACCAUCAUCAUCCGUCGUCCGGUGCAAGUGUAGGUCCAGGUGCGCUUAUCCGAACCAGCGUUCCACCCAGGGCGACCGAGUUCAUCGUAGAGGAGGCUGGCGAUGAAGUGCAAGGUACGGGAGUUUCUGGAACAUCAACGACUGACGUUGAGCUAAUGAUACGGCACGAGUUUGUGCCGGUAGCGGGGACUGGUGCGGGUGAGAUGACAGGACAGGAAAUUGCCAUCCCGCAACAGCGUGCCCUAACGCCUCCCGUCUUCGGUAGUACUUCUGGAGGUGGAGGAGCUGUCACUGGUCCUGCCGCAGGCGGUACAGCGACAGACCCCAGUAGUGGAAUGCUGCUGCCGUUCAACAGGGUAGUAACGCCAUCUACCGUUACUGCAGCCGGGACGGCUGCAAGUGGAAGCUUGAGCGUGAUGCCACAGCAACCGAAUCAGCUGCAGAACUACUAUCACGCUAAUCAGCACCUUCACCAUCACCAUCAUCAUCGUCAUCAUCACCAUCACCACCACCAUCAUAAUCAUCUCGCCGCAGCAACAGCAGGCACGGUUGGGGUAGGUAACACUGCAGGAUCCGGCGGACAGCAGCAAAGUCCACAGUCUCUGCAGCAACAAACACCUCGCCACUACCAUCGAAGUCUACAGCCGGCAGGAUCUGGUCACACACAAAUGGGGGCCAGUGGUGCAAGUGGUGGUGCUGGUGGGGGUGCAGGCCCCACUAGAGCUGGGCCUGGAGGUGGUCAAACAAACUGGACGCGCUUUAAGCGACGUAACCUGAUGACUAAUCUUCGACAGCACGGUGCUGGCAACUCGGUCGGUACGACUGGCUGUGAGAUGACAACGCGUGAGGGCGCCGGUAUCGGUGCCGGUGGGCGGGAAGGAUCCAACGAUAGUGAUACGCUCGUGCUGGAGGAAUCGAUCAUCUCGCUGCUGUUGAAGCUGCACUCUCAGCUCAGCGGUGCUCUGGAUAGUUUUUCAUUGGACGACGAAACUGAGGAUGAGCUGACGGGCAGCAGUAGUGGUGGGGUAGGAUCGACCAGCAGCAGCAGCCAACAGGCAACGGGUUCCUUCUCCACAACCAGCCAUCCGGGUGAUGAUGAGCAUGCCAAAAUGGAUCUAGACGAAGACGAGGGUGUCGCACCAUCUGCCGGUGGUAGUAAUAGUAGUAAUAAUAGCAGUAGUAGUAGUAGAGGUCAUCAAACUAGUCAACAGAAGGGCACUUCUGCUGCACACGAGCAACAGCAGCAGAAGCGUUCACACUGUCAGGGGGGACGCAUCUCGGACUCACGCAUCGGUGACGGUCCAUUCUUUAUCGGCAAUCUGCUGCGCAAGAUCGCUGCACUGGACGAAACGUGUGCCGUGCGGAUCGAACAGAUACGGGCGGAACUGUGGCCGAACCAAAGAGAGCGCCAGGCGGAGCAAAAGGCACGCGAAGCCCGGGAAAAGGAGGAACGCACCAAACGCGCCAAGGAGCGGCAGAAGAAAAUGAUGGAAGAGUUUGCCAACCGGCAGAAGCGCUUUAUGCUGCUCGCGAUGGCAUCGAUGGGUGGUGAUGGUUCGUCGUCGGGCAUGGACUUUGGUAUGGAUGGGGAUGAGGAGCAGGAUGGUGAGGCAGCGGCGGCACGUGUUGCUGCGGAAAGGCGUGCUGCCGAAGAACAGCAAGCGGAAGCGUUACGCGAGAAGGAGUAUGACUGCAUCAUUUGUAACACGUCCGGUCCGAGCACGGAGACGAACCCGAUCGGGUUGGUGGUAUUGGUCGAAUCGAGCAGUGUAGUCGGACAUCGAAGAAUCCGGUCCGAGCGUUUAGCGUUACCGCUGAGCAAAGAGGAUUUGGCACGCCUAAGCGAGAGCGUAACGCUGGCGAGCGAGUUCAACAGACGCAUCGAGCUGCUGCAGUGGAAGUUUGGCCAAACGUCCUGGUUUUUGUCGCACAACAUUGGCUGGGAAGGUGGCGUACACAUUCAAUCGUGCGGUCACCAUGUGCAUCUGUCCUGUCAGGACGCUUACCUGAAGUCACUGCAUACGCCGCGCAGCCCCAACAACCUGAACGUGGAGUUGGGUGAAUUCUUCUGUCCGGUGUGUCGUCAGCUAGCGAACUCUGUGCUGCCGCUCAGCCCUGCCCUGGAUCGACCGGCGCCUCUAAUACGUACACCGACGCCACCGCACCGUGCCCUGGUGCUGGAACUAAUACAGCUGUUUCAGGAAAGCAAGCGUGCUCCGAUGGCGACCAAGUUCUGUGAGGCGAUGGGUCGCGCCAUGGGCAAUAUUACCGCCUGCACGCAGCGCAACAUCAAGCGAUACCCGGUGACGUUGCAGAGUUUGUUCUCAUUCGUACUGUCGAUUGCACGUACCAACCUGGAGGCGGAAGUGAUACAGCGCGGCGGUUCCCUGUGCAGCACAGAAGACAUACGGUACAAACCUAAGCGUGACUGUAUCGUACCGUUGCUCCACGUGCUAUCGCUACACGUCCGACUGAUGAUCAACGACGAUUGGCCGAUACGGUUUAAGGUGGGUGAUGAUUGGCCGUGGCACUCCUGGUCUCGGUUGGCCGGUAUACAGCUUGCCUACGGUUGUGACGAUGUUGAGGUAGGCGUGGAAGCGAACGAGGAAUCGGUGGAAAGGUUAGCGAUGGUACCGGUACGGAAGGCGGGCGGUAGUGUUGAGGACAACGUCGACGACGAAGAAGACGAGGAGGAUGAGGAAGAGGAAGAGGAGGAGGAUGGGAACCAGAAGGAUAGAAAGCAGCUUGGAAGAAUACCGGCAAGUAUUCGUGGAAUGUUGUUACCACCACCGCCGGCAGAUUCCGGUGAGGAUGGCACAGAACUACUUGGUUCCUCGCCAGCAUCAUCCGGCACUGCAGCGCCCACGGUGGGUGGAGCAGCAACAGCAGCAGCAGCAACAGGUACAUCAGCCUCUCCAAAGACGACGACAACGACAGCUGCUACGAGUACAAUCGUGGACACGGAAACCAUUCCCGAUCUGAUCAGCGAUCCGACCGCCCUUAUGCUUAAGUUCAUUCUGCUGGCACCACUCCAUCUCGAUCAAGCCUACUUUACCUGCAUCGUGAAGGUGAUGUACAACUUGCUGUACUAUCAGAUCGUACUACAGCUUUGCACCCACCUGACGGAUGAGGAAUGCGAUGAAAUCCUUGCGCGGUACGGUCCAACAGCCCAGCCACCGCCACAGCUGGUACGCGAGCGUGGCGUCAUGCACAUCGGCGUCGCCAUGGCGUUCGUGUUAAGUCAGCUCGAUCGCUGCAGACACAUCCGCAGCGAUAGCAUACUGAUGGGUGAAAUUGGUGGAAGUCGCGACGGUAUCGAACCGUCCACCGGGGACACGGGCAACGCCAAACGCCUUAAUCUUGACGCGUUUGAGAAACGUUUGCAACGGUUGUGUUUACCGUUUUUGCGCGUCGCUGCCCUACUCCGGCAUCAUAUCUAUCGAGCGGAGAUACCGGAAAUUGCAGGCCCCCAGCUAGAGUUUGCCCGGCUCGUCUAUUUUCUCGAGCUCGUAACAGUGUCGAUGGACUGGGACAAGUUCAAUGCAAGCAGAGCGUUAUGCUUUCUGGCCGGUACGGAACUGUCGCUGCCGAAGAAUUGGUGCGAUCAGCUGCGCAACCUACGCCCGACGUACGAAUCGACCCGUUCGCUAAUCGUCCAGCAGCACAUUGAGUGGCGUCAGCCGAAGUUGCUCGGGUUGCCGCGUGAAUACGAACGGUUGUUUACGUAUUACCACGAGCAACCGUGCCAGAAGUGUCAGAACGUACCGAAGGAAAGCUCCAUCUGUCUGCUGUGUGGUACGAUCGUGUGUAUCAAGCAAACCUGCUGCAAGGAAAUGGAUUGCUGUGAAGCAGUACGGCACUCAAUCAGUUGCGGUGGAGGGACGGGCAUUUUCCUCGUGAUCACCUCGACGUACAUCAUCAUCAUUCGGGGCCAUCGGGCUUGCCUGUGGGGUUCGCUUUACCUGGAUGAUUACGACGAGGAAGAUAGAGAUUUGAAACGCGGCAAACCAUUGUAUCUGAGCGAAGAUCGGUUCAACCUGCUUGAAUCGCAGUGGCUAUCGCAUCGGUUCGCUCACACCAAGCAUAACUGGGUUUGGCAUAGAGAUUCGCUGUAAACAGCG